AUGGACUCCUCUUUACGCGCGGUGACGGUCGAAACGCCGUCGGUCCAAGAACAAGAAUAUAUCGAUGACGAUGCGAUUAAACGUCUGUCGACGUCUCGAGGCAGGAGAUCGGUGACUUUCGCCGACGCGUCCACGCAAGGUGGUUUCGAAGACCAAAGAGUGAAUAAUGCGAUGCAACUCGAAGAAAAAACCGUUGACGACCACGACGAGAAACAAAAGAGUAAGAGAAACGCGAUGAAUACCAUGUCGUCGUUUACGAGGAGAGCGUUGGGGUCGCGCGCGUCCAUGGUGGAAAUCACAACCGGAGGAGAAAGAGGAGGAGAAGAAGAGGAGGACCUCAAGAGAGAGAAAAAAGAACGAGAGCAUCAAAAACUUUCCUCCUCUUCCUCCUAUUAUUCCCAAUCUCACUUUUCCUCCUGGCGCACGUUUCGGAGACGAGGGAAAGAAGUCUGUCGAAAGAUUCUGGAUAACAAAUGUACUUCUAUCUUUAUGACUCUGGCGACUAUUUGGGCGUUGUUCGGCGACGACGUGCGAGUGUUGGCCUUUCCGAUGGAGUACGACGAGAUUUUUGUCGGCGUCGCGAUCGCGUUGAUUGUUUUGUUCGCGCUGGAGACGACCAUGUCGUGUUUUGCAAAAGGCAAAAAGUAUGUUUUUGGUUUUUACUUUUGGUUGGACGUCGUCGCGUGUUUGUCUCUGUUUAUGGACGUGCCCGAGUUCAUGGCAUUCGUCGGCAUGGAUCCGUGCGAAGGAACGGAUUCGUACGGCACCGGUCUGGAAGGCGAAGCGUACGACGAGAGAUACGGGACGAAAUCGGAGAAUUCUGGUGAUAUCGCCAGAGCAGGUAGAGCAUCGAGAGCGGGGACGAGAGCAGGAAGACUCGUUCGCGUCGUUCGAUUGAUUCGAGUCGUAAAGUUGUACUCUUCUUUGCAACAGAAGAAAAACGCAGAAGCGCAAAAGGAGCGACGGGCUUCAAUCGCUCGAAGUUCUAUGAUUUCAUCUGCGUCGUCAAUUUCGUCAUCAAUUCACAAUCAAGACAUUCGGGAAGAAAUGUUGCAGGUGCGUAAAUCAUCCGUGCAAUCGUUAGAGUCUGUGAACUCUUCGUCUACUGGAGUUAGCGCAAAAGGAAGUGGUGGUGAUUUCGAGACGCCCCUGGUGAAGAAGAACUCGCUGACGCAAGCGGAAGAGUUUGACGACAUGUCCGACGACGAUUUGGAGCAAUCGAGAGUCGGAGAGCGACUUUCCGAGCUCUCAACGAGACGCGUGAUAAUUGGUGUUCUAUUGAUGUUAUUCAUGAUGCCUAUCUUUGCGGCAGAUUUCUUCGAUGCCGGCGAAACGAACACUCUGAUCGACGGCGGCUUGAAAAUCGUCCACGACUCGGCGCGAUUCGACCCCAACGACGACCAAGCGAGACUUGGAUUUUUUCAAGCUCUGAAUCGAUAUUACGAAGAUACGGGCGAAAAAAUGUAUCGAUUGGUCAUCAACGGCACCUCCUACGAACAAAAUGGGAACUUUUCCAACUCUAUCGGAGCCUUGAAUGACGAUGACCCGUUGUCGUAUUUAUAUUUGAAUCUUUCCGGUGUUCAAUAUCCGAAACUGAGGUGCGAGGCGUUUGAGUUCGCCAUGUACUCUGGUGACGGCGAAAACGAACAGUACGAUAAGCUCUCCUUCGCGUUCUUUGACGUGUCGAAAGUUUACAAGUUGCAGUCCGUGUUGAACAUUGCAAAAACAAUCUUCGUGUGCAUCGUCUUGCUCCUUGGCGCGCUCUUAUUCUCUAAAGACGCUAACGUGUUAGUCUUGCGACCAAUCGAACGCAUGGUUUUAAAAGUUCAAGCCAUGGCAGCCAAUCCGCUGACGAAAUUUUCUAUCCGGCCACACGACGACGAAUUAGAAUCUGAAGGCGAGCAGCUGGAAACGCGAAUGCUCGAAAAUAGUAUCGCGCGAAUCUGUUCGUUAUUAUCGGUCGGUUUCGGCGAGGCUGGGACGGAAGUCAUCGCGGAAAAUAUGAAGAGAGGCGGCGAGAUUAAUCCGAUGAUUCCGGGACGGAAAGUCGUCGCUAUUUUCGGCUUUUGCGACAUUCGCCAAUUCACAGAUUCCACGGAAGUUUUGCAAGAAGAAGUCAUGGAAUACGUAAACACGAUCGGUAAAAUCGUGCACAUGGAGGCGCACUUACACGGAGGCAGCGCGAACAAAAAUAUCGGCGACGCGUUCCUUCUCGUGUGGAAGUUUCCUCCGAAUAUAACAACACGAGACGUCGAGUUAGCGAGCGAAGGACUGUUGAAGGACGAAGAGAAGCUCUUUGUUUUGGAGCAAAUCGCCGACGGUGCUUUAGUGAGCUUCUUAGCCGUCAUGGCUGGUUUACGACGAAGCGCGAAACUUUCCUCGUAUAAAUCGAACAAGAAGCUGAAUAAACGCAUGCCGAAUUUCCAAACGCAAAUGGGUUUUGGAUUACACGUCGGAUGGGCCAUUGAAGGCGCGAUUGGCUCGGAAUACAAAGUCGAUGCGAGUUAUUUAUCACCGAACGUAAACAUUUCUGCGCGUUUAGAGGCGGCGACAAAACAAUUUAAAACGCCUCUGUUGUUCACCGGUCAGUUUGCGAACAUUUUAUCCGAGAGCACGAGAACGAAAUGCCGACAAAUAGACCACGUGACGGUGAAAGGUUCGGAGCAGCCGUUGAAAUUAUACACGUGCGACGUGGAUGUAGAGGCAAUUCCUGUGCCGACGCAAGAAGAGAUUUUAUCUGGCCGCUCUUACGAAGACGAAACGAAUUCGUUCCAACUCUACGAGAAUCCUUUCUUGGAACAUCCGGACGUCGCGCUCAUGCGAAAACGCGUUUCGAAGGAGUUUUUGACCGAUUUCGAACGUGCGUUUCAAAAAUACGAACGCGGCGAAUGGAACGAAGCGAGGAAUUUGCUUCAAAAAAUAAAAAAAAGAGUUUCGCAUAACGGAGAAGAGAUUGAAGAUGGACCUACGAAGAGUCUUUUGGCCGUCAUGGAACGAACAAACUAUCGAGCGCCGAACGAUUGGAGCGGUUUCCGAGCACUCACGGAAAAGUAA